CCCUCAGUUCCGGUUGGUCAUGGCGGCGGUGUAGACAAGCACGGGGCACUGAGAUGUCGGUGGUAAGGCUCAGUUCCUUGUCAUGGCUUCUUCGGGAGCAGGUGGCACAAGGGACUGGUCUGUGUGUCACUUGUCGCCGAGUCCUUGACAGAGGUUGCCUCCUGGGAAGUACAUCCAGAUAUUCAUCUUCUGCCAAGCUCAAAGAUGAGAUCAGCGCCAGCGAGCGAUGCCGGUUGGAACUCGUCGAAGUCCUGCAGACUCGAGUACAACAACUGCAAGCAGAUGAGAGUUCACAUAAUGCUGAAGACAAGAAGCUACAUCCAGGCCAAGAGUUGGGGAAGGUGGAAGAAAGUAAGAAAACGGUUCAGACUCCUAAACGUUGGAUGGAAAAGCUAAAAAAUGAGCAGAUUGCCAAAAAUCAAAAGCAGAAAGCAUUGAGUGGUGUGAAGAGUACCAACGUGACUUCAGUUAACCGAGAGGCCAACCUGAGUCAGGAGACACUAACAAAGAGCACCAAGAAGCUUCCAAAAAAAAGUGUGGAGAAGCAUCCAUCAACAUCUUCUCAUAUACCAGAAGACAAAGAUAUGGAGAUUGUAGACAAGCCCUUGACUCAGGGCAAGGAACUUUUACUGGAGGAUAAGGAAGGAAACCGAUAUGGAGGAAUUCAGCAAAACAUUCACUGUUACCUGGAGACCUGCAUAUUCUUGGGUGAACUGAGCACAGCCCAAAACUGUUUGCAAUUCUAUCAGCAGCAUAUCUCAAGGAGAGGAUUGCUAAGCAUCUCAAUGUACAACCUGCUAAUGAAGGCCUUUGCCAAGGAGUCCUCACUUGCUCAAAUCGGCCGCUUAUUUGUAAUGUUAAAGGAAGCUUCCCUGAAGCCAAAUUUGGGAUCCUAUGCUGCAGCACUAGAGGCUAUGGGUCGCACUGAGUCCAAUGUAAAAGCCAUUCAGAGGUGCUUGAAGCAGUUGGAAGAAGAUGGCUUGUCUGUUGAUGCGCUCUUCCAGGGCCUGACCUAUGUUGACGAUGAGAGGGAUAUGGUUCUGAAAGCUAUUCAAAGAGUCAAACCAGAAUACAAGCCUCCUUCUAAAGUACAGAUUGUAUGCAGCUCACCACUGGUGAAGAAUUUCUACAGCAAUGAACCACCAACUUCCUACCCAAAAAUGGGGUUCACAGUGUCUGAUUUGCAGGAAAGAUUUGAAGAGCAGCUGAAAACUGAGAGCUGUGAAACAGUGACUAUAAACUCUGUGGAGGCCAGUAAACCAGUCAAUGAGGAGAGAGUAAAAGCGAGGAAAGUGCUGGAUGGCCUGCGAACUGGAUGGCAGAAGGACCUGCUCCAUGCUUUCCAGGACUCAAAGAAUCACCUGGCAAAACUCAGCAGGAGUUCACGCAGAAUAAACCUAUACCCCUACCUGUGUCUGCUGGAUGAGCAACAUUAUGUAGACAUUAUGUUACAGACCUUGUCCAAGAUUCCGCCGACAGGAGAAUCAUUCUUGUUGCUGUCUCAAGAGCUUGGAAUGAAAAUCUACAACAGGUUUUCAAUCCGCCAACAGUUGCAAGGAUGUCACAUGGACAGAAUUCGUUAUUUGUAUAAGAACUACAGCCAGUUGUUAUCCAAAGAGGGACAGAUCUCUUGCCUUCUUCCAAGGGAAUUGUGGGAGAAUUUGGAACAUGAAACAUUUGGAGGCUCAUGUUCUCCCCGUGUACACUCCCUGUGGACUCGCUCUCUUCUGGUGCAGUUGGGAACACAUCUGGUAGAGUUAAUGGUGCAAACAAUCAAACUGAAAAAUAACAUGUUCAGUCCUCGGAGUGAACAAAAACUCAUACCAGUGCUGUACCACAUGUAUUCUUUCCGCAGCACACGGCAGAUUGGCCUCAUCAAACCACACCCAAUAUACAGCCAAAUAUUGUUGGAUGCAGGUGAGACACUUCUGACUUUUGAAACAUCUGUUAUGCCAAUGCGAUGCCCUCCAUUGCCUUGGACUUCUCCCCACUUUGGAGCCUACCUGCUUUCUCCUGCCAAGCUUAUGCGAUGCAGUAGCGGGGCAGUACAGCAUCAAUUGCUCUUGGAAAAAAGCACCCCAGGGCACCUGUUUCCAGUGAUAGAUUCUCUUAACCAGCUUGGCCUAUGUGCGUGGCGGAUUAACCAACCCGUUCUUGAUAUAAUUGUGUCCAUCUUCAAUGACAAAGGCAGUGACAAGCUGGACAUUCCUCCGCCUCUCUCGGAAGCGCCUGCACUUCCAGUGCAAAAACUAGAGGCACUGAGCUCGUGGGACAAGUUGUCGUUUCAGAAGGAGCAGGCAAGGUGCAGGAAGAAAGCCGCUGAAAUGUUUAGCCUGCGAAUGGACUCUCUGUAUAAACUGUCUAUUGCCAAUCACCUGAGGGAUCAGAUAUUUUGGUUCCCUCACAACAUGGACUUCCGUGGCCGCACCUAUCCUUGCCCUCCAUAUUUUAACCAUUUAGGGAGUGAUGUGACACGUGCUUUGCUGCUGUUUGCUGAAGGCCGACCACUUGGUCCAAAUGGUCUGGAUUGGUUGAAGACUCAUCUCGUCAACCUUACUGGGCUAAAGAAGAAAAGCUCUCUCCAAGAUAGGAAGCAGUAUGCAGAUGAAAUCAUGGCUGAAAUACUGGACUCUGCUGAUAGACCUUUGACUGGUAGGAAAUGGUGGAUGGAAGCAGAUGAGCCUUGGCAGACAUUGGCAUGUUGCAUGGAAGUUGCAAAUGCAUCCCGCUCUCCAGAUCCUGCUAAAUACAUCUCAUAUUUUCCUGUUCACCAGGAUGGAUCAUGUAAUGGCCUCCAGCAUUAUGCUGCUCUUGGAAGGGAUGAAAUUGGAGCCAGAUCUGUAAACCUUAUGCCCAGUGAAACUCCUCAGGAUGUGUAUAGUGGGGUUGCUCAACAGGUUGAGGAAUUCCGUAAAAUUGAUGCCAAUAAAGGCAUUAAAAUUGCUCAGGUUCUUGAAGGUUUCAUUGGACGUAAAGUUGUAAAGCAGACAGUAAUGACUGUGGUGUAUGGCGUGACUCGAUAUGGAGGGAGGCUUCAGAUUGAAAAACGACUACGCGAUUCGGACUCUUUCCCACAGGAAUAUGUCUGGGAGGCCUCCCAUUAUCUUGUCCAACUAGUGUUCAGCAGCCUAAAAGAAAUGUUUUCUGGCACCAGAUCCAUUCAGCACUGGCUGACAGAAAGUGCUCGCAUGAUUUCAAAGUCUGGAAACACAGUGGAGUGGGUGACCCCGAUUGGACUGCCUAUUAUACAGCCUUACCACCGUACCAAGAAUGUAAUGUUCCAGAGUAACCUCCAGAUGGUGUCCUUGGCAAAUAAGAGCGAUGCUAAUGCACGACCCGAUACCAUGAAACAGAAGAAUGCUUUCCCUCCUAACUUUAUCCACUCUCUGGAUUCCACACACAUGAUGCUCACUGCCUUGCACUGUCACAGACGUGGAAUUACCUUUGUGUCUGUUCAUGACUGUUUCUGGACACAUGCAGAUACUGUGGACAUAAUGAACAAGGUUUGCCGGGAACAGUUUGUUUCUCUGCACAGUCAGCCCAUUUUACAGAAUCUCUCCCAAUUCUUGAUACAAAAAUACUGUCACAAUGCACAAGCUCAUGACCCAGAAAAUCUGAAGAUGCUGAAUCUCUUCAGGGAUGUUCCCAAGACAGGAACAUUUAACCUAGAGAAUGUAAAGGAUUCUACCUAUUUCUUCAGCUGAUCCUGCUGUUGGGUGUGGACAAUUUCCAUAGUCGUGUAUAGAUGACGCUGUGUGUGUCACAGCAGUUACUGUCUGUGUAUCCUUCCUGUGGAAGCUUCGGUCCCCAUUUGCUUACUCGGGAGCCUUGUGUGCCGUGGUCUUAAAAGUUGGUGUAUGAAUAAAUCAUGAGUGGGUUUUUAUUGGCCUUCAGA